AUGUGGCUGUGCAUGUGGAUGAGGAAACGUGGGAGGUGCUUGAGUCCUCUGAUCUACAUCAAACCACCCAGUGCAGUAAAAGCACAAGAACCUUAAUGGAAACCAGUACAUGACAAUGCUGCAGUGAAGAAAGCACAGUGUGAGUGACCAUCAGGGGCCACCACCAGGAAGACACCCAGACACCCAGACACGAGCCACCAGCAUGCAGGCAUCCUCUUGAUGCUGUGGAUCUGAUGCUCAGAUGUUAGCAGACAUGCAGGCAGCGCAGGGCUUGGCUCUAUGGAUGUAUUGCGUGAUGGGAUCCAUGUAUGUGGUGUUUGGCAGCUCCCUGGCAGGAGAUGCCUGGCUGAUGGAGAUGCACAAGAAAAAAGAAAACGGCUUUUCAGGAAGGGAAUACACGGUCCCGUUACGCCUGAUCUUCAGAAAUGAUCGGGAAAAUCAGACCACCGAAGGACAGCUCAGCACCCGCGUGAAAGUGUUCAGCCCCCAGGACCAGUCCACCCAUGUUGCGCAGGCCAGCUUUCAAAUUGAUGCCUUUGGAUCUUCAUUUAUUCUGGAUGUAGAACUGAAUCAUGAUUUGCUGUCUUCAGAUUACUUGGAAAGACAUAUUACAGAGGAUGGCACAAUAGUGGAAAUCAAAGGUGGGGAACAUUGCUAUUACCAGGGUAAAAUACGAGGAUUACCCAGAUCGUUUGUGGCUCUGUCAACUUGCCACGGACUUCAUGGGAUGUUCUGUGAUGGAAAUCAAACGUAUCUCAUUGAGCCAGGAGAGAAUUAUCAGCCAAAUGAGGAUAACCAAUUUCAUUCUGUUUACAAAUCAAAAUUACUUGAAUUUCCUCUGGAUGAGCUGCCUUUUGAAUCGUUGACAUUGAAUGAAACAUCAGCUCCGUUUCCUCAGAGAAAGAGAAGCCAAAGAAUGAAGAGGCAGGUCCACCGAUUACGAAGAAAUGUUGAGGAAGAAACCAAAUAUGUUGAACUGAUGAUUGUAAACGAUCACUUAAUGUAUAAAAAACACCGUCUGUCUGUGGCAUAUACUAACAGCUACGCCAAGUCAGUUGUGAAUGCGGCAGAUUUAAUAUACAAAGAACAGUUAAACACAAGGAUAGUUUUGGUUGCCAUGGAAACGUGGGCAAAUGACAACAAGUUCAGCAUUUCCGAAAACCCUCUGGUGACUCUGAAGGAAUUUAUGAAGUACAGGAGGGACUUCAUCAAGGACAGAAGCGAUGCCGUUCACCUGUUUUCGGGCAGUCAGUUUGAGAGUAGCCGGAGUGGUGCUGCCUAUAUUGGUGGAGUCUGCUCGCUCUUGAAAGGUGGAGGCGUCAAUGAGUUCGGGAAGCCAGAUGUUAUGGCUGUCACGCUGGCACAGUCUCUAGCACAUAAUUUGGGCAUUUUCUCAGACAAGAAGAAAUUAUUGAGCGGUGAGUGCAAGUGUGAAGACAUGUGGUCUGGAUGCAUCAUGGGGGAUAUUGGCUAUUAUCUUCCAAGCAAGUUCUCUACGUGCAAUAUUGAAGAAUAUCACGAGUUUCUGAGAAAUGGAGGUGGUGCAUGUUUAUUCAAUAAACCACUAAAGCUUCUGGACCCCCCAGAGUGUGGUAAUGGCUUUGUUGAAGCUGGAGAAGAAUGUGACUGUGGAAGUCCUGCGGAAUGUGCUGCAGAAGGAGACAACUGUUGCAAAAAAUGCUCGUUAACCCAGGGGUCUCAGUGCAGCGAUGGAUUAUGUUGCACCGACUGUCAGUUUAAUCUACAUGGACUGUUAUGUCGGGAUGCCGUGAAUGACUGUGACAUCCCAGAAUACUGCACCGGGAACUCGAGCCAGUGUCCCCCAAAUGUACAUAAACUGGAUGGAUAUCAAUGCGAUAAAGAGCAGGGCCUUUGCUUCGGAGGGAGAUGUAAAACGAGGGACAGGCAGUGCAAGUACACGUGGGGCGAAAAAGCGGCAGAAGCAGACCUGUACUGCUACGAAAAGCUGAAUAUUGAGGGAACUGAAAAGGGCAACUGUGGCAAAAAUAAAGAGACUUGGAUACAAUGUAACAAACAUGAUGUGCUGUGUGGGUACCUUCAGUGUACCAACAUUUCAAACAUCCCCAGGCUUGGAGAGCUGGAUGGAGAAAUUACAGUAACUUCCGUCACUAAAAACCAAGUGAACGCCUUCAACUGCAGUGGGGGCCAUGUGAAAUUGGAUGAGGACACCGAUCUUGGUUAUGUUGAAGACGGAACCCCAUGUGGUGUCGAAAUGAUGUGCCUGGAACGUAGAUGUCUCCCGAUCGAUUCUUUCAACUUUAGCGCUUGUUUCGGCAGCACAAACAAAAUUUGUUCUGGAAAUGGGAUUUGCAGCAAUGAAGUAAAAUGUGUCUGCGACAAAUUCUGGACGGGGGACGAUUGCAGUACCUUUUCUCCUUACAAAGAUUUAAUAAAGGUGGUAGACCCUCUAAUGAAUGAUGGGAAUGUUAGCACAAACAUAAUCAUAGGAGCUAUUGCUGGUACCAUAUUAGUGUUGGUGCUGGUGCUGGGCAUAACAGCCUGGGGUUACAAAAACUACCGAAGAGAGAGACAAAUACCCCAGGGAGAUUAUGUAAAAAAGCCCGGAGAUGUCGACUCUUUUUAUAGCGACUUGCCUCCCGGAGUCAGCUCAAACUCAGCAUCUAGUUCUAAGAAGAGGUCUGCUAUUCUGUCGCAUUUUCAGAUAUCUGCCUGUUCCAUCCCACAUUAUUCCAUUAGUCAGAACAUUUCAUUAUUUUGCAGAAGAUCUAACGGUUUGUCUCAUUCUUGGAGUGAAAGAAUCCCAGACACUAAAAAUGUUUCCGAUGUCUGUGAAAAUGGCCGCCCCAGAAGCAAUUCUUGGCAAGGUAAUAUAAGCAGUAGCAAAAAGAAAUUAAGAGGAAAAAGGUUCAGACCUCGUUCCAAUUCUACUGAGACUCUGUCGCCUGCUAAGUCCCCUUCAUCAUCAACUGGGUCCAUAGCUUCGAGCAGGAGGUACCCGUACCCCAUGCCACCCCUGCCCGACGAAGAGAAGAAAGCCAACAGACAGAGCGCACGGCAGUUGUGGGAAACCUCUAUCUGAAUCCCUCCAGAAAACUUGGCCUCAUCAGUAAAGCGAGUCAACUCCUGGAACGUUAAACGUUUACCUUCAAGGCCUCGACUACAUAACUUCACUCGUGAUCAUUCCUGAACUGAAAGACCGCCAUGGAAUCCUGGGUGUUUACAACAGGGAUUGUUCUUGACCUUUCUGGAGGGUCUCAUAAUUCUAACUUCCAUUGUAUUCCCAAGAGAAAUUAUUAAAAAAAAUAUCCUACAUGUUGAGAUGUAAAUGGACUGAGCAGAAGACAUAUUUUUAUGCAUGACAAAUAUAUUUUGAGACACUAGUUAAGAACUCACUGAUUCUGUUCACCUGAUGUACAAUGUAUCACAAUCAAGCACCCAUUGUACGGCGGGAAGGAGUGAGUUAUUUGUUUUAAAGCACGCAUCCACUGUGGGAAAUUCUUUUAAAUGCAUGCUUAUUCUGUAUUUUCCACCUACAGCAGGUGAAAUAUAAGGAGGGUAGCAUGGGAUCACACCUGGUUAUUAUUUUUUUUAUUUGAAAGUGCCAGAUUUAGGACAUUAAACACUAAAGCUUGCCUAGAUUUGGUCAUUAGACAUAUGAGUUUUGUACAUAUGUACAUUUUUGACUUGUAAAAAAGAAAAAAACGUAAUACAGUAGAUAGUAUCUUUUGUUGAAUGCCUAAAGAUCUGUUACUGCACCAUCUGAACUACGAGAA